UCCCCGCCGCCCAGCGCGUCCCCGCCGCCCCGCGCGUCCCCGCCGCCGUGCUCCCGCUUUCUUGCGACCCCUGAGAUCCUGCCGCUCGCUUGCCUGUCCCUUGCUGGUGUUGCCGCUACUGCCGGGCCAUGGCGACCUGCUUUCAGCUGCGGAGCGUCUGGGCCGCCCGUCCGGCGCUGCCGCCUCCGGGUCGACUCCUCCCGGAGCCCGCAGGAGCCCAGCUGCGCAGCUACACCCGCGCCCCCGCUGGCCUCCACGCCGACCUACUCCGCGGGGACAGCUUCGUGGGCGGCCGCUGGCUCCCAGCCCCCGCCACCUUCCCGGUGUACGACCCGGCCAGCGGCGCCAAGCUGGGCACCGUGGCCGACUGCGGAGUACCCGAGGCCCGCGCUGCUGUGCGCACCGCCUACGAUGCCUUCAGCAGCUGGAAAGGGGUCUCGGUCAAGGAGAGGAGCUCAUUACUCCGUAAAUGGUACGACUUAAUGAUGCAAAAUAAGGACGACCUUGCCAAGAUCAUAACAGCUGAGAGUGGAAAGCCACUGAAAGAGGCCCAGGGGGAAAUUCUGUAUUCAGCCCUUUUCCUGGAAUGGUUCUCAGAGGAAGCACGCCGUAUUUAUGGGGACAUCAUCUAUACCUCUGCCAAAGAGAAGCGAGGGCUAGUCCUCAAGCAGCCCGUUGGUGUGGCGGCCAUCAUCACACCGUGGAAUUUUCCCAGUGCCAUGAUCACCCGGAAGGUGGGGGCCGCCCUGGCAGCUGGCUGCACUGUGGUGGUGAAACCUGCUGAAGAUACGCCCUAUUCCGCCCUGGCCCUGGCUCAGCUUGCAAACCAAGCAGGAAUUCCUCCAGGUGUCUAUAAUGUCAUUCCCUGCUCUAGAACCAAGGCCAAGGAAGUGGGAGAGGUACUAUGCACUGAUCCAUUGGUGUCCAAAAUUUCCUUUACUGGCUCAACAGCAACUGGGAAGAUCCUGCUACAUCAUGCAGCAAAUUCUGUGAAGCGUGUUUCCAUGGAGCUGGGUGGCCUAGCCCCAUUCAUUGUCUUUGACAGUGCCAACGUGGAUCAGGCUGUUGCAGGAGCAAUGGCAUCUAAAUUCAGGAAUGCUGGGCAGACUUGCGUUUGCUCAAACAGAUUCUUGGUACAACGGGGUAUCCACGAUUCGUUUGUGACGAAGUUUGCAGAGGCAAUGAAGAAAAGCCUGCGUGUAGGUAACGGAUUUGAGGAAGGAAUAACUCAAGGGCCGUUAAUUAAUGAGAAAGCUGUAGAAAAGGUGGAGAAGCAUGUGAAUGACGCAGUCGCCAAGGGUGCCACGGUCGUGACGGGCGGGAAGCGACACCAAAGUGGAGGAAAUUUCUUUGAGCCCACCCUGCUCAGCAAUGUCACCCAGGACAUGCUCUGCAUCACUGAGGAGACCUUUGGGCCCCUGGCACCCGUCAUCAAGUUUGAUAAAGAGGAAGAGGCCGUUGCCAUCGCAAAUGCAGCUGAGGUUGGGUUAGCAGGUUACUUUUACUCGCAAGACCCGGCCCAGAUCUGGAGAGUGGCGGAGCAGCUGGAGGUCGGCAUGGUCGGUGUGAACGAAGGACUGAUCUCUUCAGUGGAGUGUCCUUUUGGUGGGGUGAAACAGUCCGGCCUUGGGCGAGAAGGGUCCAAGUAUGGCAUUGAUGAGUACCUAGAGGUCAAGUAUGUGUGCUACGGAGGUUUGUAGGGUUCUUCGCUUCUUUAAGAAAUAAAACUACCUAGAUCUGUAGGGACAUUCCAUCUAUUUUUUUAUAACAAACAAAGUAGGUUAUCAGAGUUAUGAAUUUUUAAAAAUUCAGCCAGUCCUCAUAUCUUAGAUAUAAAUCCUAACCCUUCCCUUAUCUAACUAGGGACCAAUGGAUGCCAUAUACUUGUAGCUGUGGGUCUCAGCCAGUACUGAGACCCCAGCACAACCCCACUGCCUCAGGACAAGGUACAGAGUGAGUGUUCACAUGCCCUCUGGCACCUCACAAAGUGUAGUCAUUGUGUGGGCAGUGGGUCCCCAGUCCUUAUGGGACUGCUCAACUUCGGCUCAGAAUGCAGGGAAGGAGGCAAGGUAAUAGGAGCUAGGUUAGGAGGAGGUGCACAUUCCUGCCUAGGCAUCUGUCCGCUUUGAUGAACAGCUGGCUGCCUGUUCCAGGGGGUUGUGGCAAAGGCUUUGGUUUCCUAAGACUUCUUUAUAAACCACACAGAUUUCCUGUGCUAUAUGGGACGAGGGGGUGUUUCUCCUUGUUUCUGGGCUGCUGUUUAAAUUACUGGGAGCAGAAUUGCUUUGUUUUUUGCUUUCUUUGGUUUAUCCUGGUUUGGUUUGGCUUUAUGCAACAGGGUCUUGCUAAGUAGCCUAGCUGGCUUUCAAACUCAGAGGUCUCCUGUCUCAGCCUCCAAAGUGCUAGGCUCACAGGCAUGCUCUACCACAGCUGGGUAAUGGAAGUCUCCAAUACCCUAAACUUAAAGCUCAUGCUUCAUUUUGUUCCUCAAAGUGUUGGCAAAAAUCGACAGAGUCAGGUUGUUAGGACGGAAAACAUGGCUUUGUUUCUUUCCCCAAGCUGGGUGCAUACUAGCAUGUGUUCCACUGAACUACCCAUAGCUUUUUUUCUUUCAUUUUAAUUUUUGAGACAGAGUCCUGAUAGUCACACUGGCUGGCCUUGAGCUCCUUAUUAUCCUGCCUACAUAGCUGGCAUGACAGCAGGCCAGUGGACAGCAUGGACUCUCAGCUGCCUCCUGCUGUUUAGGGCUCCAUGCCCCGCUUACAGAGAUUCAUACUUGGCUUAAAGGAGGACAGUGUGUGCCUGGAAUUAAAAAAUGCUUCACAACAUGGUGGAAAUGCAGCUCAAGGACAGGAGCCACUUUGAUUAUGAGCAGUACCUCCCUAUCCCUCCUUGAGCUCAGGAGGGGACUUUGUGGAGGAAAGAAAUCAGGUGCCUCCUUGUUCAUCGGCCUAAGUCUGACCUAGGUUUUCUGUGCCUGUGUGUGGCUGCUGCUAAACCUGCAGAAGAGCAAAUACAUUUUCACCACUGUGAAAAAUUAUUUCCACAAUUGCCAGUCCACUGUGGAAGAGAGCUAAAGCCAUGAAUCUCAGGCACCUUUGACCUAGGAAAAGCAUGAUUUAUGCUUUAGAAUUAUGGUUCAUGAUUCAAAAACAAAACACCGCACAGGGACCUGCACAGAUAGCUUAGUGGGUAAAGGCUUUGCUGGAUAAGCCUGGUGUCCUGAGACCGAAGUUCCAUCCCUGGAACCUACAGAAAGACAUGACAGUGUUGACCUCUGACCUCCACAAAUGCAGCAGAGGAAUACACUCCCAUAAAUUCAAAAUACACACGCACAUACCAAACAACAAAACUUCCUGCAACUGGUGUUGGUCUCCCUUUGAAACAAUUUAAAUGAGGAAAAUCUAGGUCUUUGAAGACAUGCCUCCCAUCUACCUAGAAGAUAUUUACUCACAACAGGCAACAAUGGAGUUCCCUGCUCCAGGCCCAUCUGUUCAGAGCCCACUGGCAUACUCUGGAUGCUCUCUAUGAGACAUCAAUGGGAAUGACAGUAGAGCAAGCUGCAGUGGUUCCUAAACAUUAAGUCCCAAGCCACUGGGAACUUCUAAUAAGGAAGUCAUGGUUCUUAAAGACCUUGAGCACAAGAAGAAAGUAGAAAUCUUCAUCCUAGGGACCCUGCCCAAGUGGCAAGAGUCACAACUCAGGAUGUUCAUAGUCUGUUUAUGCUAUUCUUUUGUACAGUGUGUAUAGUUGGUUUCUAUCACAUUUUCUAAUUAAAAUUUUGUUUUAUGGACAUGGGUGUUUUGCCUAUAUAUCUGUGCACCACAUGCAUAGUGGUGCCCUCAAGAGGCCAGAAAAGAGCAUCAGAUCACCUGGAAAUGGAGUUAUAGAUGGUUGUGAUCCACCUUGUGGGUUCUGGGAAGUGAGCCCUGGUCCUCUAAAGAUAAGCUGCUUAGCCAGUGCUCUGAACUUCUGAGCCAUCUUACCAGCCCCAACACUUCUAAUUUCUUAAGGUUUGUGCCCACCUUUUUUUUCAAUCAAGAGUAAAAAUGUUCUGCUAGUAUUUUGAAGAAAACGCAUACACCCACUGAGAUGUAAACUCAUCCCAAAAACAUGUUAAACAGCGUCAACCAGUGGGUUCCUGGACUAGGUGGCAAGUUUGUACUUUUUGUGUGUGCACGUUUGAUUCACUGGAUAGAUCAUUGGCCCACACAUUUGUUACAAUAAAUGUAAUCAAUUUUUGUAAUUAAAAUAAUGGGAGUGGGUAUCAGUGGUAAAGUAUAUGCUUAGCAUACUGGAGACCAUGAGAUUAAUCAUCACCAAAAAGUUAACAUGAAAGAACAUCUUACUUAGAAAAAUGCUUCUAGGUUAUGGGAUGAUGAUGAGUUUGGUUUUUGAUGUUUUUAAACAGGAUCUCCUGUUGGCCUUAAACUCCUGGGCUCAAAUGAUCCUUAGCUUCCCAAAUAUCUAUAACUAUAGACAUGUUGUCACUAAAUCAGCUAAGAGUAGAUUUUUUAUUAUUUUUAGGGGCUUUUGAGUUUGGGCCUCAUGUAGUUCAGGCUGAGCUGGGAACUCUUCUGCCCUACUUUCUGUGCUGGGAUUACACAUGCUACCAUGCCUAGCUAAGGAGUGGUUUUUUUGUUUUAUGAAUCUUUGUUACUGUUCCAUAAAAUGUGUGACAGAUGCCUAUUCAGUUAUGUAAGGACAAGGGUUAAUGAACCACAAUCUAUGAACCAGAUUUGACCUGCCACCUGAUUUUGUAUAACUCAUGUGUAAAGUUUUUUGUUUUUUUGUUUUUUAAUAUAUCCCAAUGGGUUGGGGUAGGUUAGAACUGUUAUUUCAUUAAAUCUGUGAGUGAAUAGCCACAGUGCCCCAUGCCUGAGUAUCUGUGUUGUGACAGGAUGGCCUGCAGAGCCUAAAGGAUUUGCUACAAAGCUGCUAAAAAAGGUUUACAGUCCUCCCUAUACCAAGCUGGAGACACUUGCCUCCCCUGUUUAUGAGGCACUAUUUUAUUCUAUUAAACACCUUCUGUGAAAAGGGCACAUUUUCUGGGCAUUUGUUACCAGGACUUCUUGGCAGCAAUUAUCAACUCAAAUGACAUAAUUUGAUGAUGAUGAUGAUGAUGAUGAUAAUCCUGUCUCCCAGUGGGAGUGGGGCUCACUGACAGUGCCAGAGCUCAUCUGUGUCUUUCUGUCUGAGGACCCUUUAAGCAGAGCCCCAUAGCAAGUGCUUGAUUAUUCUUUUAGUAUCUUUGUUCUUCUGGACUUAGGGGAGAAUAAAGAUCAGAUACACGAUGUAAACAAGCCUAUUUUGUGAUGUGAUGACCUUCAGAUUGGGUCCGAUGGGUUGUCUUCUCUGAAGGCUGGAUCCCAGUGUUUUAGUUACUGUGCAGCUAUUUUAAAACAGAAUUUUACUUGAAUACUUAAUACUGUGAUUGUUACGUGCUAUACCUUGUGAGAUAAAUCUGAGUUGUUGAGAAAUAUAUAUUUUGCUCAAUAAACCUGUAUACAUUGCUUCAUUUUUCUAGUGUUUGACAUCAUGUGAUCAACAGAGUUGAAUCUCAUUAAUAAAUAUUUGACAGGA